GUGUCCUCAUUCGAGAUCAAGGCGAAGACAAGACAGCCCAUUUGGUAUGGUGUGUUGACUGCACGGCCAUAUAUUAAAAUAGUUAAUGCUGGUUUGAGAAGACGGAUAGUGUGAUUGUGGGUUAGGUGGUCGCAGGUCGGUUUUCGGAAGAGUCAGUUUCCCCACGAGUGACAUCACUGCUCCUAUGCCCUAUAGUUGGCACCAGGUGGGACAAGUCAGAACAGAAAAAGCGCUGGGUCAUCAUCGGGAAAAGGGGAAGCAAGAAGGACACAAAUGUAAGCGACAUUUCGACACAGGUGCAGAGUGGAAACAAACUGGCGGGGCUCUUAGGAUGCAGAAGUCACCCGUGGAAGAUGCAAACUUCCUCUCCAAAUAUUUUUUCUGGUGGACAUCUCCUCUGUUGAGGAAAGGUUUUAGAAAAAAGUUGGAGUUGACAGAUGUUUACAAGGCACCGUCUUUUGAUCUUGCAGACAACCUUUCAGAACGACUAGAAAGAGAAUGGGACCGAGAAGUGGCAUCGGCCAAGAAGAAGCCCCGGCUCUUGCGGGCUCUCUCCCGCUGUUUCCUCUGGCCUUUUGUGUUCUACGGAAUCCUGCUGUACUUCGGGGAGGCUACAAAAACCGUGCAGCCCCAGCUCCUGGGUCGCAUCAUCGCCUCGUUCGACCCCUACCAAGCCCCGGAGCGGGAGCAGGGCUACUACCUGGCGCUGGGGCUCUGUCUCCUCUUCACUGCCCGCCUGCUGCUCCUGCAGCCAGCCAUCUUUGGCCUGCACCACCUGGGCAUGCAGAUACGCAUCGCUCUCUUCAGCCUCAUCUAUAAGAAGACGCUGAAGCUGUCCAGCCGUGUCCUUGACAAGAUCAGCACAGGUCAGCUAGUCAGUCUGAUGUCAGCCCACCUCAACAAGCUGGAUGAGAGCCUUGGCCUGGCCCACUUUGUGUGGAUUACCCCUCUUCAGUGUAUACUCUGCGUGGGGUUGAUCUGGGAGCUGAUAGAGGUGAAUGGUUUCUGUGCCCUGGCUGCCCUCACCCUGCUGGGCAUUGUACAGGCCUGCCUCUCCCAGAAGAUGGGGCCUCACAGGCAGAAACGAGCCGCGAUGAUCAACAGGCGCCUGGCUCUGACUUCUGAGAUCGUAGAGAACAUCCAUUCAGUGAAGGCCUAUGGCUGGGAGGAGGUGAUGGAGACCAUCAUCAAGAAUAUCAGACAGGAUGAGAUGACGUUGACAAGGAAGAUUGGUUCUCUCCGUUACUUCUACAGCGCAUCCUACUUCUUCUCAGCCAUCCUGGUUAUCGUGUCAGCCAUUGUGCCUCAUGCCCUCAGCAAGGGCAUCAUCCUGAGAGGCAUCUUCACCACCGCCUCCUACUGCAUGGUGCUCCGCAUGACUCUCACCCGCCAACUCCCCGGCUCCAUACAGAUGUGGUAUGACACCCUGGCACUGAUCACAAAGAUAGAGGAAUACCUCUGUAAGGAAGAAUACAAGGUUUUGGAGUACAACCUGACCACUACUGAGAUGGAGCUGGUCAACGUGACAGCCUGCUGGGAUGAGGGCAUCGGGGAGCUCUUUGAGAAGAUCAAGCAGGAGAACAAUGCCAAUGGCCAUCCAAACGGUGACGCAGGGAUGUUCUUCACCAACCUGUAUGUCACUCCCGUCCUGAAGAACAUCAGCCUGUACCUGGAGAAGGGAAAGAUGCUGGCGGUAGCUGGAUCCACAGGCUCUGGGAAGAGCUCCCUGCUGAUGAUGAUCCUGGGUGAGCUGGUUCCGUCGGAGGGAAAGAUCAGGCAUAGUGGACGUAUCUCCUUCUCCCCCCAGACCUCCUGGAUAAUGCCCGGAACUAUCCGUGACAACAUCCUGUUCGGCCUCGCCUACGACGAGUACCGCUACUCAUCCGUCAUCAAGGCGUGUCAGCUGGAGGAGGAUCUAGACCUGCUGCCGGAAAAAGACAAGACGCCCCUUAAGGAGGGAGGGUUGACCCUUAGUGGAGGUCAAAGGGCAAGGAUAGGCCUGGCCAGAGCUGUGUAUAAAGAUGCUGACCUCUACCUAUUGGAUUCUCCAUUCACCCAUCUGGACAUUGUGACAGAGAAGGAGAUCUUUGAGAGGUGCCUGUGUAAACUGAUGUCCUCCAAGACUCGCAUCGUGGUCACAAGCAAGCUGGACCACCUGAAGAGAGCAGACAAGAUCCUGCUGCUUCACAACGGGGUUUGUUACUUCUACGGCUCCUUCUCUGAGCUGCAGGCCCGGAGGCCGGACUUCAGCUCUCUGCUCCUGGGCCUGGAAGCCUACGACAACAUCAACGCAGAGCGCCGUAGCUCCAUCCUCACGGAGACCCUCCGGCGUGUCUCCAUCGAUGAGUCCGCAGGCCUCCGUAGCCCCGACCCCACCCGCCGGUCCUUUCGUCAGCCGCAGACACCGACAGUGGUCGCCAACGGCAACUCGGGACAACAAGGCGUCGGCGUUGUCGCGGGCGACUGCCUCACGCCGGCGGAGAAACGCAAACAGUCGAUUAUCUUGAGUCCGCUGGCCGCAGCACGGAAAUUCUCCUUCAUUGGAAUGGGCCCCCAGAACGGCCAGGCUCAGACGCCUGGGUCCAUCACCAUGGACGACAACGUGAGGGAGAUGUCCGAGAGGAAGUUCUCUGUGGUGCCGGAGGACGAUCAGGUGGAGGAGUCGCUGCCGCGGGGGAACGUGUACCACCACAGCCUGCAGCAGCUGAGCGGGCAGCGGCGCCAGUCCGUCCUGCAGUUCAUCACCAACGCCCAGGGACAGGGCAGGAGGGAGCAGCUGCACUCCUCCUUCAGGAAGAAGCUGUCCAUCACGCCGCAGUGCGAGCUGGCCUCUGAGCUGGACAUCUACGCACGGCGCCUGUCCAAAGACAGUGUCUACGACGUCAGCGAGGACGUGGACGAGCAGGACAUGGAGCAAUGCUUUGCGGACGAGCGCGGGAACGUGUUUGAGACAACGUCGUGGAACACCUACGUGCGUUACAUUUUCACCAACAGGAAUCUGGUCUACGUCCUCAUCUUCAUCUUCUUUAUCUUCGUUCUAGAGGUUGCUGGUUCGGUCUUGGGGAUAUUUCUUAUCACAGAAAAGAUCGGGGCCAACCCCUCGACUUCUAAGGACCCGGAACAGCAAUCUUCAAAUGUCUCGUCGCCCGCCGUCCAGCAGUCGGUCAUCAUCACCCAGAACAGCGCCUAUUACAUCAUGUACAUCUACGUGGCCACGUCAGAAAGCGUCCUGGCGCUGGGCUUCUUCCGGGGCCUGCCGCUCGUCCACACCCUGCUGACCGUGUCCAAGAGGCUGCAUGAGCAGAUGCUGGCCGCUGUCCUCCGGGCCCCCAUGGCUGUGCUAAACACCAUGAAGACUGGUCGAAUCAUGAACAGGUUCACUAAAGACAUGGCCACCAUCGAUGACAUGCUUCCCCUGGUACUGUUUGACCAUAUCCAGUUGACUCUGAUUGUGCUUGGGGCCAUCUUCACUGUGUCCAUCAUGCGGCCGUACAUCUUCAUCGCCGCAAUCCCAUUGGCUGUCAUAUUCGUGGUCCUGAGGAAUUACUUCCUGCGUACGGGACAGCAGCUCAAACAGCUGGAAGCUGAGGCCCGCAGCCCCAUAUUCUCCCAUCUCAUAAUCUCCCUGAAGGGCCUGUGGACCAUUCGGGCGUUUGGUCGCCAGUCCUACUUUGAGACGUUGUUCCACAAGGCCUUGAACACGCACACGGCCACGUGGUUCCACUACCUCUCCACCCUGCGCUGGUUCCUCUUCCGCUGUGACAUCAUCUUCGUCUUCUUUUUCACCGCGGCAGCCUUCAUCGCAGUGGGAACCAAUCAGGAUAAACAAGGGGAAGUUGGCAUCAUUGUGGCUUUAGCCAUGCUCAUACUUGGCACCUUCCAGUGGGCUGUUAUAACCAGCAUCACUGUGGACGGACUGAUGCGAUCGGUGGACCGGGUGUUUAAGUUCAUUGACCUGCCUCAGGAGGCGCCCAGACCCAGUGACAGUGGGAGGGGCACAGACCUGGUGAUUGACAACCCACACGCUCAAGACUCCUGGCCCAGCCAGGGCCACAUGGAGGUCCAGGGACUGACCGUCAAAUACACUGAGGCUGAACGCUCGGUCCUGCAGAACAUCUCCUUCACCGUGGAAGGAGGACAUAGUGUGGGUGUGUUGGGCAGGACCGGGUCGGGGAAGAGCACCUUGCUCUCCGCUCUCCUGCGGCUAGCCUCUACAGACGGAGAGAUCUUCAUUGAUGGCGUCUCCUGGAACUCUGUCACCCUGCAGACAUGGAGGAAAGCCUUCGGCGUCGUGCCACAGAAAAUCUUCAUCCUGACUGGAACGUUCCGUAUGAAUCUGGAUCCCCAUGCUCGCCAUAGCGACGAGGAACUGUGGAGGGUGGCUGACGAGGUAGGUCUGAAGUCGGUGAUCGAGCAGUUCCCAGACAAGCUGGACUUUCAGCUGGAGGACGGAGGGUAUGUUCUGAGUAACGGCCACAAGCAGCUCAUGUGUCUGGCCCGCUCCAUCCUCAGCAAGGCCCGCAUACUUCUGCUGGAUGAACCCAGCGCAUACCUCGACCCCAUAACGUUGCAGGUCCUGAGGAAGACACUGAAACAGUCGUUCUCCAACUGUACCGUCAUACUGUCAGAACACAGAGUGGAACCAUUGCUGGAGUGCCAGUCUUUCCUGAUGAUCGAGGGGAGUUCUGUCAAGCGGUAUGACUCCAUUCAGAAGCUUUUGAAUGAGACCAGCCACCUCAAGCAGGCCAUGAGUGCGGCAGAGCGGCUCAAACUGUUCCCCCUGCACCGCCUAAACUCCAGCAAGCGACCCCCUCAGUCCCAGCAGCCCAAGAUCACCUCCCUUCAGGAGGAGGCUGAGGACGAGGUCCAAGACACGCGUCUUUAAGGAGCCCCGGAGUACCUGGACCAGAUUUUGUCUUCUGAAAUGUUCCUCCUCCGUUUCAGCUCUCUCCUUGUGUCUUGUCUCAUCAACUCUGAGACACAUUGGAGUAGUGGGCCAGACGGGUGGGGUUUUACACCGAUAUGGAAAGAUAAAUUGAGAUUGGGCUUAUGAACCAUCCCAGUGCCUCUAGUCAGAAGAACAGGAGUGUGAAUGUGAGAUUUCCUUUCCUCUAAAGGAUCAAUACUGGGGACACAGAAUGCUCUGUUCUACUAGAAAGUUGAUAUUAUAUUUUAUUUUUACUUUGAGAACAGUGGGAUGACAUAUUAUAUAUUUUUUUUAUAUAAGCGCCUUAAUUUUAAGUGGUUCUUUUUAAAUCCCAUUAGAAAGUGGCUGUAAAUACCAAUUGGAAUUAAGUUGGCCACAGAUACUUAAUCCAAAGUUAGUUUAGUGUUUCCUUCCAAGGGGUUAAGGUCAGGAAACCCGAUCCUAGAUUUGUGCCUUCCUUCUAAUCAAAGCUGUAAAUACACAAAACAAGAAUGAACGGUGGGGUGAUGCUAUGGACAAGUGAUUAUCCUCAAGUAGCCUUAUUUUUCUAUUUGUAUGCACUUUAAAGAAACCUGAGGUACUCCUUAGCUUUUUCGAGGAGGCCUGGUGGGAUAACAGCAACGGAAAAAAAAUUAUUGAAUGCUGUGUGAAAAAAAUAAUUAAACAAGCUUUUUGAAAGGUAAUUUAUCAAGCUCCCUUUUGGGCUUCUGAAACAGGAUACAUUUUGCCUCAUAUUGUCCCUUAUUAGGCCCCAUUGUUCAUAAUAGUAUUGAAAUGUAACUAUGUUUUUAUAACCCCACGGUACAAUAAUGUAUCUUGGUUACUUGAUACACAGCAAACGUUUGUACAGUGUAAAUGAAAAACCAAGCAAUUUUUUAUUCAUAGGAAAGUGACACAGGUCCCAAAAUGUAUACAUGUUUUGAUUUCCAGAAGAAUAUUCUGUUUUCAAGUGAUUAUAUUUCCAGUAAAAUGAUUAAAUACAAAUGUGUGAGUGUUGGUAAUUGUUAAGAUAAAGUAUCUCAACUCUGACCAUGGUGGCGCUCUGUCUAAUGAAUGGAUAUCAUUUCUAACAGUCUCCCUGUCCAAGUGAAGAGAGUAGUGUUAGUAACUUUCCAUAUGUAGACAAAGAAAUUAUUUAUAAAUGCCCUAUAAAGCCUUUAUAUAGUAAAUUGUUUAAAAGUGGUAUUGGAUUCAAACAUGGACGGUUA